ACACAACUCACCUCUAGAUUGUGGACGUAAGAGUGAAAGUCGUAUUGUGGGUGGAAACACAGUGACCUCUAAGGGGGUGUGGCCAUGGCAGGUUAGCCUGCAAAUUGCAAGAAGACAUUUGUGUGGAGGGUCUGUUAUCACGCCGUACUGGAUCCUCACAGCAGCUCACUGUGUUCAUGGGAAUUCAGAUCCAAGUGUAUGGACUGUGUACGCUGGAUAUCUGACUCUUCAGGAGAUGGCGUCCGCCUCUGGCAAUUCUGUACACCGAAUUGUUAUGCACCAAUUUGACCCGAAAUCCAAUAACAAUGACAUUGCUCUGAUGAAGCUUAAGAGUCCACUAAUGAUUACAUCAAGCGUCAGGCCAGUGUGUUUACCCAAUCCGGGCAUGUACUUCUCUGCUCCGAGAGAGUGUUACAUUACAGGAUGGGGGGCACUGUAUAGUGGAGGACCUGCUCCAGAAACUCUCCAAGAAGCCAAAAUCGAGCUGAUUGAUAGUACAACCUGUAACAGCCGACCAGUGUAUAAUGGACAAAUCACAGACAACAUGAUCUGUGCUGGCAAGCUGGCAGGUGGCGUGGACUCCUGUCAGGGGGACAGUGGGGGUCCUCUGGUCAUACAAGAGAAUUCUCUAUGGUGGCUGAUUGGGGACACUAGCUGGGGUGAUGGAUGUGCUUUCAGAAAUAAGCCCGGAGUCUACGGAAAUGUGACCUACUUCCUUGACUGGAUAUAUGAACAAAUGCAGAAAUAUUAGUAUAAUAAUAUAUAUUUGGAAGAGCAACUGUUCCAAACUACUGUCACUCUGGGAUUCUAAAAGAGGAUUUUUAAUGUCACCAGAGAUUUUCUUUGGUGCUCUUUCUUGUUUAUUUUUAUUUAUUUUCUUCAUGAACAUAAAUCUAAAAUAACCAAGGAUUUAUUUUUUACUAGUACCAUUCAUUUUUGUGAAUUGCACAGUUUUCUACAAUAUGCACCUUUUCAAUAUGCAUGUAUAUUUUGUAUUAAGAACACGAUUGUACAAAUGAUUUAAUAAAAACCUAGAACCGACA